GCUAUGGACACUAAUCAUCAAAGUAAUUUCAAACUCAGUAAAACUGAGAAGAAAUUCUUAAGGAAGCAGAUGAAAGCUAGGCAUACUUUGCUGAGACAUGAAGGCAUUGAGGCCGUAUCCUAUGCCACUCAGAACCUGGUUGUUGCCAAUGGUGGUUUGGGAAAUAGUGUGAGUAGGGAGCAACUGCUUCCAGUUUUAGAGAAAUGUGGAGUUGUGGAAGCUCUCUUAAUGCCACCUAACAAGCCCUACUCAUUUGUAAGAUACACAACUACAGAAGAAUCCAGAAAAGCCUAUGUUACCCUCAAUGGAAAAGAAAUAGUGGAUGAUUUAGGACAAAAGAUUAUUCUGUACUUGAAUUUUGUGGAAAAAGCACAAUGGAAGGAGAUGGGGCUUCAACAUUUACCUCCAGGCCUCAUGGUAGUAGAAGAAAUUAUUUCUUCUGAGGAUGAGAAAAUGCUUUUGGAAAGUGUUAUUUGGUCAGAAGAUGCAGAUGAUCAAAAUUUUCAGAAAUCCUUAAAACGCAGAAGAGUAAAGCAUUUUGGUUAUGAAUUCCACUAUGAGAACAACAAUGUAGAUAAAGAUAAGCCAUUACCAGGGGGUCUUCCUGACAUUUGUGAUAGCAUUUUGGAGAAAUGGUUGAAGAAAGGUUACAUUAAAUAUAAACCUGAUCAGUUGACCAUAAAUCAGUAUGAACCUGGGCAUGGAAUUCCUGCUCAUAUUGACACACAUUCUGCUUUUGAGGAUGAGAUCAUUUCUCUCAGUUUGGGGUCAGAGGUUGUUAUGGAUUUUAAGCAUCCAGAUGGUGUCACAGUGCAAGUUAUGUUGCCUUGUCGGAGUUUGCUAGUGAUGACAGGAGAAUCUAGAUACCUUUGGACCCAUGGAAUCACACCCAGAAAAUUUGAUACUAUUCAAGCAUCUGAGCAUUACAAAAGUGGAAUUAUCACCAGUGAUAUUGGAGACUUGACUUUAAGCAAAAGGGGAAUACGAACAUCAUUUACGUUUAGGAAAGUGAGGCACACACCUUGUAACUGUAGUUACUCUUCUGUCUGUGACAGUCAGAGGAAAGAGACUCCUCCCUCAUUUCCAAAGAGUGAGAAAGAAGCCACACAGCUGGAGCAAGAGUAUGUACAUCGAGUUUAUGAAGAGAUCGCUGGGCACUUCAGCAGCACCAGACACACUCCUUGGCCACGGAUUGUGGAGUUUUUGAAGUCUUUGCCAAAUGGUUCAAUAGUGGCUGAUAUUGGGUGUGGAAAUGGGAAGUAUCUUGGCAUCAAUAAGGAGUUGUACAUGAUCGGUUGUGAUCGUAGCCCAAACCUUGUGGACAUCUGUAGAGAGAGGCAGCUUCAGGCCUUUGUCUGUGAUGCAUUGGCUAUUCCAUUUCGCACUGGGUCUUGUGAUGCCUGCAUCUCCAUUGCUGUUAUUCACCAUUUUGCAACAGCAGAGCGUAGAGUAGCAGCUCUCCAAGAACUUGUUCGGCUCUUGAGACCCGGAGGAAAGGCACUCAUUUAUGUCUGGGCAAUGGAACAAGAAUAUAAUAAUCAGAAGUCCAAGUAUCUUAAAGAAAACAGAAUUAACCAAGGAAAGAAGGAGAUCAGUGAUACGUCUACUCGAGGGCAGCUUGUGGAGCAAAUGCCUGAUGUGAACAAUCAAGAUUUAGCAUUUUCUAUGCCCUCCAUUAAUGUCUUUCAGGAGGAAGAAUGUAAUUCAAGGAAAGUUACUAAUUCUGAGCUGCCUAUUCAUACUAACAGGACUACUUUUCAUUCUCAAGAUGUGCUGGUUCCCUGGCACCUUAAAGGAAACCCUGGUAAAGACAAAUCUGUUGAGCCAUUUGGUCCAGUAGGAUCUCAUGACCCAGGUUCUGUGUUUCAUCGUUACUACCAUGUGUUCUGUGCUGGAGAAUUGGAAGCUGCCUGCCAGACUUUGAGUAAUGUCAGCAUUCUUCAAAGCUACUAUGAUCAGGGAAAUUGGUGUGUGAUUCUUCAAAAGAUCUGAAUAUUUAUAUGAACAUAUCUUAGUAGAGAAGCAAUUCUCAAGUUUAAAAAAAAAAAAAAGAGAAACUAAAUUAAUUGUCCUUUUAAUUAAAGAGAGAAAUUGUGGUGAAGUACCAAAGGAGAAA